CUUGUUGUGGGCUACCCAUGUCGUCCUCAUCCUCGCCUCGCCGUCGUCCUCCCGCGAACCGCCGCAGCCAUGGCGCGCCUCCCGCCGCUUCAGCCGACGCCGCCUGCGAGCCUCAAUCUGCGGGGCGCAGACGCCGCCGCCGAACCCCGCGCGCCCAAGCUCCACCGCCCCCUGGAGCCUCCGCGUCCGGCCGCGCAGGGGGGCCUCCACCGGCAUGUGUCCCUCUAUUCCGCCAGCAGGCGCCAGGAGCCGAAUCCGCCGACGAGCAGCAGGAGCCGAGGAGGGAGGUCGCCGCCGCCAAGCAGUCGAAACCGGUCACAGGCGCCACCGUCUGAAGUUCGGCCUCGAUCAAGGUCGCCGCCGUCCACAUCGAUCACCGAGCGCCUGGCGGAGCCGCAGCACGCCAAGCGGCCACGCCGAGGCGAGCCGGACGCGGCCGAGGCUGCCGUGGAUGGUCGGGAUGAAGGGGAGAAGGCGGCGUCGUCGGCCGACGGGUCGUCCGUGGAGAAUCGGCCAAGCCACAGCCACUGCAAGGUGGGUCCAUCCAGAAGUGCUCGUCGCAAAAAGAUGAAAAAACAGAUACGGGCAGAAUCUGAAAAGGAACUGAGGGAGGUAUGCAAUUCCUCCUGCUCCCCUCUGACGCCACCUCUUCCCUUGCUCCAGCUCAAGCUGCGGGGCGCAGACGCCGCCAUCGAAUCCUGCGCGUCCAAGCUGCACGCCCCCCUGGAGCCGCAGCAGCUGUCCGGGAGCCUCCACCGGCAUGUGUCUCUGUGCUCUGCCAGCAGGUGCCAGGAACCGAAUCCGCCGCCGUGCAGCAGGCACCGAGCAGAGAAGUCGCCGCCGCUGAAUUCCAAAGUUAGGCCUCGAGAAAGGUCGCCGCCGAUCACUCAGCUCCUAACGGAGCAGCAGCACGCCAAGCGGCCACGCCAAGGCGAGGCGGACGCAGCCGAGGCUGCCGUGGAAGGUAAGGAGGAAGGGGAGAAGGCGGUGUCAAUGUUAUCGUCAGUCGAUGGGUUGUCCGUGGAGAAUCGGCCAAGCUACAGAAACUGCAACAGCGAGCAGCCAGAAACUUUAUCAGCUGCAGUGGAGGAGAGACCUGAUCAUGCAAUCCCGGGGGAUGAGCAGAAGUUGGAUAGUGGGAGGAGGGAUGCAAAGACCCAGACUGAUCACAAGGAGGGUCCAUCCAGAAGUGCUCGUCGCAAAAAGAUGAAAAAACAGAUACGCGCAGAAUCUGAAAAGGAACUGAGGGAGAUGAAAAAGGAUAAGCUGUUAGAAAACAUUAAAAAGCUGCAAGCUUGCAUCUGGCUUCUUGAGAAGGAAGGUGCAGACACGGCUGAAAUCAUGGACUUCAGGAGUUUGCUUGAAUCAACGAAGAUGCAGUAUGUGCAGUAUGUGGAGAAUGAGACACAGUUGGCAAAGGAAGGAUCGAGUGCAUCACCUCAGGCGCUAAACAAGGAUAGACUCGAGAAAAUGCACGUGGAAACUCCUAUAGAGAAGGUUGAGAGAGAUGAGCAGAACUUGGAUUCUGGAAAGGCAGAGGGCAGUAGUCUGAAAGGUUUCAAGGCAGUCUCGAAACAGAACGAAUUAGCGGAGGAGGUGAAUUUUCUUAAGAGUGAACUUGAAGCAGUCAGGCAAGAUCGUGAGUAUCAAUUAGCUCAGGUGCAGUCUUUGACGGCUGACAUAGCUAAGCAGAAAGAAGUUGCAAGAAGAUGUGGGGCUGAGCUAGAGAAUGCCAUGAGGAGAGUUGCUGCUCUUGAGGAAGGAAGCCUACUGCAAAGGGAGACAAUUAGAACGUUGCAGAUUCAGCCUGCGUCUGCAAAUGAGAAACUAACGGGGCUGCCCUCUUCCUCCAAAGAUUGAUGCGAAGCCGAAGGUCUGACCGGAUUGGCAUGUGCUCCAGCAAUGUUGGGGCCUCUUCAUCAACUGUGUUGAUUCGCUCGGCAAUUGAAGGACCAAACACCGGUGCGUAUAAUACGAACGAGGUAUCCUGAUGAUGCACAUAUUUGGUUGAUUUUUGCCGACAACAGAAGGGUAGAAGCAGGACAGAAUAGUUGUGUACUAUUUUUUAUUUUGUUUUCUGUUCGCUUGGUUUACUUCUACUAAACCUAAAAGCUCGCUCGGGAAGGGGUGCGCCAUGUAUCUAUCUAGAUAGUUAGGACAGCACUCAUGCCGAAAGCCCGAAACUAACGGCGGCACGGUUAGGGUCUAUGAGAUUUAGCCGAUGCCGAUCGAAUGUGAUGUAACUAAGACAUACUAUAUCACAACAAUUAUUUGUUUCUGGAA